AUGUCCCCUAUCAGGUCCUGUAAAGGUUCAGGUUCACGCGGUACAAGCACCGACAGUAGCCUUACCACGCUCGUGGAAUCGGAUGCAAGCUCGGACGCAGAGUCAGAGUAUGCCCCCGAGCCUCAAUUCACGGCAAAAAAAUCCAAGGCGCGUCCAAGAGCGCAGGCCUUGAUCUCGCGUGGCACCAAGUCCGUAGUCUUUGGCACUCUGGUCAUUGGUGGGCAGGAAUUGUGCCCAACCGUGGUCUUUGACGCGUUGUGGCAAUGGAUGCAGGAGAGGAUGUUGAUUGACAAGAAACGUCGAUCAGGAAUUCCACCCCCCUGGACGGAUGAUCACAUAUUACGGGAUUACUUCUUCUGUGCCCCGUAUCGCGUUGCCGACCGUGCCACUCAGUACCUCGUAACGGAGGUUAUCGAGAAGGGCCCACAGUCCGCAUCCGAGAUCGUUUUUCGCGUCUGUAUUUUCAGCACCUUCACCAAGAUCGAGACGUGGGAACACCUACAAGACACCAUUGGCCCUCUUCGUUGGUCUAAUUAUGACCGAAGGGUGUAUCAGUCGGCUUUGCGUACCGCACAGAAGAGUGGUCGGCCUAUCUAUACCGGCGCGUACCAGAAGCCAGCGCCAAAGUUCGACUACGACGAAACGUUCAUGAAUCACCUUGCUCUCGUCGAGAUGUGGAUGCAACUCCAACUGCCGCAGCUAUUAAAGGAUGCCAAUUACCUGGCAGAUGUAUACGAAUGGCUUAUAUCAUUCCCCGGGAUGGGCGAAUUUAACACAUAUCAACUCUUACUUAACCUCUCCUACACUCCCGUCUCCCAAUUCUCCGAUAACGAUUUUGUCGUCGCUGGUAUUGGAGCCAAGUCGGGCCUUGUUAAGCUAUUUGGCAACUCCUACAAGAUUGCGAGGGAGAACUCCGAUACCGUCGACGUCGAUAUAAUGCAAUGGAUGGUCCAUAAUCAAGCCGAGUGUUUUAAGAAGCUCGGCAUCGAUUUCGUCGGCCUCGGCCCGGACUCUUUACCAUUGACGCUCCCCGAUCUCGAACACUCUAUUUGCGAGGUGGAUAAAUAUGCUAGACUUGCAUUCCCCCACAUCAAAGGAAAGGAUAAUCGCACUAAUUUGCGGCGGUCCUAUAAACAAACUGGCAAAGCACUACCUCCGUUGCAACUACCAAAGGCUUGGAGCCACCCUGCGCGUCGGCAAGUGCGCAUCAGGCCUGGCCCACCACCGGUCAUUGAGAAACGAUACCUAAUUCAAGCCAUCGAGGGCAGACGGGAUACCCCAGACGGACCCCAGUAUCUGGUAUAUUGGUUCGGCUAUCCUGCGCAUAUGGCGACCUGGGAGCCGGAAGAAGGUCUACUUCUUGAUGCACCAGACGUCGUCGCCGAUUACCGCAAGUACGGACAAUCUGGCAUAAGAAGAGUCUACACGUAG